AUGGCACACCCAUCACAAUUAGGUUUUCAAGACGCAGCCUCUCCAAUUAUGGAAGAACUUUUGCACUUCCACGACCACACCCUCAUAGCCGUAUUCCUUAUUAGUACGCUCGUUCUUUACAUCAUUACAAUCAUGAUAACCACUAAACUAACCAACACCAACUCCAUAGACGCCCAAGAAAUCGAAAUAGUUUGAACCAUUAUACCAGCAAUUAUCCUAAUCAUAAUUGCCCUGCCGUCCCUACGAAUUCUUUAUCUUAUAGACGAAGUAAAUGACCCCCAUCUUACAGUAAAAACAAUCGGCCAUCAAUGAUACUGAAGCUAUGAAUACACUAACUACGAAGACCUAUCAUUCGACUCGUACAUAAUCCCAACCAGCGAUCUGACCCCAGGUCAAUUCCGAUUGUUAGAAGUCGACAACCGAAUAGUAGUUCCCAUGGAGUCUCCUAUUCGGCUCUUAGUGACCGCUGAAGACGUUCUUCACUCCUGAGCUCUCCCAUCCUUCGGAGUAAAAACAGAUGCUAUCCCAGGACGACUUAAUCAAACAUCAUUCAUCGCCACUCGACCAGGAGUAUUCUACGGACAAUGCUCAGAAAUUUGCGGAGCUAAUCACAGCUUCAUACCGAUCGUAGUCGAAGCAGUCCCACUAAACGACUUCGAGAACUGAUCUUCAUCAAUACUAGAAGCCU